AUGAUUCCAAAUGAGAUUUUUGCUGAAGAUUUAAUGAGUACAGUGAUCAGAUAUGGUCUUUACAUUGGUGCAGCUUUCCAGUUGGUAUGCCUACUUGCCUGUGUUACGCUCACUGACGAACAAAGUGAAUUACACCCCUACGAAAAGACAUAUACUGACAGUGAUGAAUGCAGUUCGGAGCAGUCAUCACCAGGGCACCGAGCCGCUAUGUCCCGAGCUAGGAGACAUGACAAAAAGAAAAGACGUUAG